AUGCAGUUACCUCAAGGCUUUCACAGUAAGGGGGAGAACCUAGUUUGCAAGCUUAACAAGUCAUUGUAUGGCCUCAAGCAAGCAUCAAGGCAGUGGUACUCGAAGUUUUCCACAUACAUUUUUAAGUAUGGAUUCAAGCAAUCAAAAUCUGAUUACUCUUUGUUCACUAAGAAGUUUAAUCAGACUUUUAUAGCAUUGCUAGUUUAUGUUGAUGACAUCCUUAUUGCAAGUAAUGAUGUUCAAGAAGUUGAAGACCUCAAGAGUUAUUUGAAUCAUGAUUUUAAGUUGAAUGACCUUGGUAAUCUAAAAUAUUUUCUUGGUCUUGAGGUGGCUAGAUUAGAAAAGGGGAUUUCAUUGUGCCAAAGAAAGUAUGCACUAGGGGUUCUUAAAGAUGCUGGUAUGACAAGUUGUAAGCCUAGCAAAGUGCCAAUGGAACAAAACUUGAAAUUAAGAAAGUAUCGAGGAGAUUUAUUGCCCGAUCUUGGUGUUUAUAGAAGGCUAGUUGGAAGGUUGCUAUAUCUGACUAUAACAAGACCAGACAUCACAAAUCCAGUCCACAAACUAAGCCAAUUCAUGGCCAAGCCCAGAAAACCACAUCUUGAUGCAGCCUACAAAAUAUUGCAGUACAUUAAAGGGUGUCCUAGUCAAGGCAUUCUCUUAUCAUCAAAAUCAGACUUGCAUUUGAAAGCUUACACAGAUGCAGAUUGGGCAUCUUGUGUAGACACUAAGAGAUCCACUACAGGAUUUUGUGUGUUCUUAGGAGAUUCAUUGGUCUCAUGGAAGUCAAAGAAACAAUCUAUAGUUUCUAGAUCCUCAACUGAAGCUGAGUAUAGAGCAAUGGCUUUAACUGUUUGUGAGAUGACUUGGUUGCUAGCUCUAUUGAAAGAUUUAGAAGUUCAUCACCCACAACCUGGUAUGCUUUUUUGUGAUAAUCAGGCAUCAAUUUAUAUUGGUGAGAAUCCUGUCUUUCAUGAAAGGACAAAGUAUAUAGAGGUAGAGUUUCAUUUGGUUAGGGAUAAGGUAAAAGAAAAGGUGAUACGUUUGUUCUUUAGUCCUACACAUACACAGCUAGUAGACUUGUUUACCAAAGCACUUAGUAGUCAACGGUUGAGGUCCUUACUUUCCAAGAUGAGUAUAUUGAACAUACACAGCACUGAAUCUCAUCUUGAAGGGGAGUAUCAGAUAGUCAAGGAUUAG